CUGUGAGGUCAUAGGGAGACAUCCAGGAAAUCCUCAUCAGGCUUUUGGUAGACACACGUGCAGCUUUCCCAAAGUUUGGCGAAAGUCCUCCCCUGCUCUACAUUCCUGUUGCAUCUCUGACAUGGAGGAAAUGCUGUCAUUCUGGGACGUGGCUAUUGAAUUCUCUCCAGAAGAGAGAGAAUGUCUGGAGCCUGCUCAGUGGAUUUUGUACAGGGAUGUGAUGUUGGAGAAUUACAGCAACCUUGAUUUCCUGGGUCUUGCUAUCUCCAAGCCACACCUGGUCACAUUUCUGGAGCAAAGACAAGGGCCUUGGGAUGUGAAGAUACAAGUACCAGCCCCUGUACACCCAGGAACAAUAUCAAAUGAUUGUAACCAUUACAACAAGGCCAUUGAUUGUAACUCACUCCUUAUUCAACGCCAGAGAAUCCAUACAGGGGAGAAACCCUACAAGUGUGAAAUAUGUGGAAAGGCCCUUAGUUCUCAAAAAAACCUAUCUAUACACCAGAGACUCCAUACUGGAGACAAACCCUAUAUGUGUAAAGAAUGUCAUAAGGCGUUUAGUACUCGCUCAUCACUUUUUAUACACCAGAAAAUUCAUACUGAAGAAAAAACGUACAAGUGUGAAGAAUGUGGCAAAUCAUUUUACUAUCCUUCAAUGCUGAAGCAACAUCAAAGAAUUCAUUCUGGAGAGAAACCCUACAAGUGUGAAGGAUGUGGCAAAGCUUUCUAUGAUCGUUCAUUCCUCAAGCAACAUCAAAGAGUUCAUUGUGGAAAGAAACCCUACAAGUGUGAAGAAUGUGGGAAAACAUUUUCCUCUGCUUCAAUCCUUCACAAGCAUAAACGUAUUCAUUCUGGUGAGAAGCCCUACAAGUGUGAACUGUGUGGAAAAGGAUUUACUAAGCCUUCUGUCCUUUCUGAGCACAAGAUAUGUCAUACUGGAAAGAAACCCUACAAGUGUGAAGAGUGUGACAGAUGUUUUUCCUCUUCUUUAACCCUUAGAAGACAUCAAAGAAUCCACUCUGAAGACAAUCCCUUCAAGUGUGUCGAAUGUGGCAGAGCCUUCUACACGCUUUAUGCCCUUACUCAGCACAAGUUUGUUCAUUCUGGAGAGAAACCCUACAAGUGUGAAGAGUGUGGCCGAUGCUUUUCCUUUUAUUCAGUCCUUAGAAGACAUGAAAUAAUUCACUCUGAAGACAGCCCCUACAAGUGUGGAGAAUGUGGCAAAGCCUUUACCAAACUUUGUAUAUUUACCCAGCACAAAUUUGUUCAUACUGGAGAGACACCAUACAGGUGUGAAGAGUGUGGCAAAGGAUUUUCUAGUCCUUCAUAUCUUAAGGUACAUAAAACUAUUCAUUCUGAAGAGAAUGCCUUCAAGUGUGGAGAAUGUGGCAAAGGCUUUGUUAAUCAUUAUACCCUUUCUCGACACAAGACAGUUCAUACUGGAGAGAAAUCCUACAAAUGUAAUAAAAGUUUACACUUUUGUAGCCUUCAAACACAUCAAAUAAUUCAUUCUGAAUAGAAGUUCCACAAGCAUGUGGAAUGUGGUAAAUCCUUUGCUGAUGAUUCAGACCUUAUGCAGCACAAAUGAAUGCAUUGAGUAGGGAAGCUAUGCACAUGUGAAGAAUUAAGUGCUAUAACAUUCCAUCAACACUGUCUACCAUCAGUAACAUUCAUUCGGCAGUAUAACAACCAAACAUGAAUGGAGUGCCUGACACUUAGUAUUUCCUUGUAUCUUUUUUUGUUUGUUUGUUUGUUUUUGUUUUUCGAGACAGGGUUUCUCUGUGUAGCUUUGCGCCUUUCCUGGAACUCGCUUUGGAGACCAGGCUGACCUCGAACUCACAGAGAUCUGCCUGCCUCUGCCUCCCAAGUGCUGGGAUUAAAGGUGUGCACCACCACUGCCCGGCGUUUCCUUGUAUCUUAAAUAACACAACAAUUUUCAUCCUGAAAUCAAAGCUAUAAUGUGAAGGAUGUGGUGAAGGUUUCAGUUAUCAUUCAGUUCUGGUUCAACCUCAGUAAUUCUCACCUGAGAGAAACCCUGCUCAUGUGCAGAAUAGGACCAAGGCUUAGCUCUUUCUCAUGCCUGUAUAAGUUUUAGAGAAUUCAUUGUGAUGAAGAAUCCAACAAAAGCAAUCAAUGUCCAAGUUCUCUAAGUGUUUGUCACACUCCAGGAUCUGCAGAUCCUUCAUACUGCAGAUACACUCUACACACUCAAAAGCUGUGCCUAAGCAUUUAAUAGUAAUUCAAGUCUUCAUCAGCAACAAAGUGUGACAUAGAUGAGGAACUGCAGAUGCAGAUGUCUUGUUAGCUUGCUGCAGGUAUCCACACCACACAACCCCACAUUAUCUGAAAUCUGAAGGACUCGCAGUUAGCUAUUUGCUUCUCUCUGAUUAGUUUUAUUACAAGCUUGUGUUCAGGGUGUUUUCUUGAUUUCUAAGUGAUGUGAGAGAAGCCAGCCAGGAUAACCAACACCAUCCUGUACAGGAAUUCCUUGGUUGUGUAAGAAUUGUGAGCAUGAAUCAGAUGGAGCAAAUUAGAAGGCACUAUUCCCCCAUGGUUUCUGCAUCACUUCCUGUCCUGGCUUCCCUGGAUGAUGGAACAAUAAUUCAUAAUUUGAAAUAAACUGAUUAUUCCCCCAUGUUGUUUUUAGUAUAGCUGUGUGUUGUUUUUAGUCCAGUCCACAUUUCUAGUACAGUCUAACAGAAAUCAAUCUAGGACAGCUGUGAAUAUGGAAACUUUUCUCUCUUCAUAACUCUGUUGUUACCACCUAAUGGCAUUCGAGAGACAAUGUCACAAAGCCUGUAGAUGUGUCCAGCUCUACUCUAGACCUGAGCAUCCACACUGCAGAGAAGUAAAAGAAUAUAACAAAUUAUUGUUUCCCCAAGUCAACACCAAAAUUUUCAGACUAGAGAGAAACCUGUGAAAUUGAAGAGAGUAGCUAUGUGUGGAGCAAUUGUUCUAAACACAAACAUGAGAAUUUUAGGCCUGAAGGAAAACUAACACACUCAGUUGAUAAGAGGGUUGAUUUUUCUUCAUACCUCAGUAUCAGAGAGUUUAUUUGGUUUAGGAGUCAUAUAGGUAUAAAUAGUGUGACAAAGCCUUAAGAACAAUCAUUACCCAUGAGUAAAUUCAUGUUGUAGUGAAUCCUAUAUAUAAUGACUGGCAGAAUCAUUUUUCACUGUUUACACCUCACAGCAACACAUCAGCUAUCAUUUAAGGCACUAUGUUCAUGGAAAUAGUAUAGCAACAUCUUUCCUCAUGGUUAGUAAUGGAUGUAUUGAAGUGUAGUGAAUACAUGCUAUCAGUGAUCUAGGAAAGAAGGUAUGUGUCCUACACGUUGAGCAGGAUGGUUGGAGCUUCCUAAGCCCUUUGGGUCAACUGUGUUUCACCAGAGACCUCUCAUACUAAACUGGAGCUAUAUGACUAGGUGUUUGCCAUCCAGGAUGUUGGUCUUUGGUCUGAUUCCCUUUAUGUCAACAGUAUUUUUUUGAAAAGGCUGUCAAUUCCAGUUCCUUGUUUUGACACUUUUGACAAAAAUUACAUGUCCUUUGCAUUAGUCUUUAUCUCUUGUUCUUAUGUUACAUUGUGUUGGGCUGUAUGUUUGUAUUUAUGUGAGUCCCAUGCCAUCCUUUUCACUAUGGCUCUGUAAUGCAAUUUGACAUUAGGGAAUAUAUAUCUUUGGUUAUUU